GGCUAAUAAACGAAUGUUGCAAUUAUACGUCAGUUAUUUUUACCUAUAAAUUAUCAUUAUACUUUUAUCUUCGUAUUUAAGACCUUUUAUUUACAAAUUUUAUAAACCAUUAUACGAUUGAAUAUUAUUUUAUAAUAUAUAUAUAUAUAUAUAUAUAUAUAUAUAUAUACUAUAUGCGUAUUUUAAUAAGCAUAACUUACAUUAAAUAUUAAACAAGUGAAGAUCUUCAAAUAUUUUUUUCUUGCCAAACGUCAACGCAAUUUAUUUAUUCGGAAAUGGAAAACAAUUUUUUUAAAUAAAUUACGAAAAUGAUCUUGGAGGACGAAAUCUCGAUGUAUUCGUCCUCCUGGCGAUUAAUGUUUUUAUCUUGAUCUAUUCGAUCUGCAUCAAAGAAAUUCUAAAUUAGAUAAAUAUAGAAACUGUUGCAAAAGAUUAAUGUGAAUCUUUUAAAGAAAACUAUGACUUCUCGUCGAAAAAUUUGUUGUUGCCCUUAUGUUCAUAAAUGUCAAAAAUUUUUUUCUAAAGAUAAAGCAUUGUCCAAAAGUCAAGAAGGAUAUGUAACAAAUGAUAAUUUCAUUCUCAUUGGUGCCAAAUAUAUAUUAGACUUAUAUCACAGUACACGUAAAAAUAUUCUUGCAGAUGACUUUUUGAGGUCUGUAGUAGUAUCAAUAACAUUAUUUGCAAUUGGUACACAGCUUACUAGAGAAUUAUAUACUUCAAAACUUUCACCAAUUCUUCGUUGUAAUUAUAAUUUUAUUGAUACACUCUGUGUAACUAGUUUAUAA